AUGUUCUCGGGGGACCUUUCGGUCACAUGUGGAGAACUCCAGGAAGGUAGAAACGCCUUGGGACUGGACAUACGGUAUGACAGGACCAUGGACAUUACUUCAACGCAAGGUUUCAUUGCGACAUUGCAUGCAGCCACUAGGCUACGGCCUGGCAGCGGCGCACUCGCUGCUCCGGUGUGCAGCUCGUUUGUGUACAUGUCACGUGGUUCGUCGGGCAGAACGGUAUGUGAACCGAUGGGGAACUUGUCCCAUGAAAGCGUGAGGACAGGAAACUACAUAGCAGUUCGAACCCUGAUAGUUCUCAUUGUGGUCGCUGCAUUACAAUGCUGGACCAUACUCGAGCAACCAAAGAAUUCCAUCAUGGAAUUGCACCCGGCCUUUCAGCAAUACCUUUCCAUGGUUCAGUGCUGGAGGGCCCACAUACAGAUGCGGGAUUAUGGAGGGCCUACGGCCAAACCAACCUGGUUAUAUAGUAACCGGCGUAUGAUCGGUGAGCUUCAUGAGUUUCGACCUUUGAGUUUGCCUGCUCCGACCGAGCCAAUAGAAAUGGUUGUCCGCUACACCGACUCUAGUGGACGGAGCAAAAUCAAAGGUGGUCGUCACCUAAAACAAUCCCAAUCUUACCCCAAAGGGUUUGGAAAGGCUUUGGCCCGUCUGCGUUCAAGGCAUGCGGCUCUGCUGAAGAGGGAAGCCGAAUGCCAGCUCAAGGCUGAUGUUGCGACCUUUAGGUCCAUAGCUCGGAACACCCAUGCAGAUGCUCAGUGGAUCCAAUGGGCCAAUUUGCAGCCCAUCCUUGAUUACUUAAUGUAA